AUUUUCAGCUGCGGCCGCAAACGUGUUUGCUGCGGGUGUGCAUGAAGUUGUGCUACCGCUUGUGUGUGCUGCACGUGUGACAUCUCCCCACUCUCUCCCUAGCAGGUGUGUGUGUGUGUGUGUGUGAAAAACCGCUUAGCAUUAGCAAAAAGGGGCAACCGAAACGAACGAAAACGCGUUAGAAAGUUUACCGAUUUUGUGUGUGUGUGUGUGUGGGAGUGGAUGUGUGUACGUGUGCGCUUUCACCCGAAAAGAGAAAACGGGGCGGCCGCCAGCCGCCCAACACUGGCUGAAAGUGGCAUCACGCGCUUUUCCUCCACCGUGUGCCGUGUUCUAACUGUGUGCUGCUGCUGCUGCUGGUCUUAUUGCUGUUCCACACUUUUCGCAUAGCUUCUCUCUCUCUCUCGCUUUCUCUCAGACGUGCUCGUACGUACGUACGCUGGUGGCCAGAGCGAGAAGGCAAGCGUGUCUAGCGUCACCGUUCAAAGGUGGUGCCGGCGGGGCGGCAGGAUGGAUGGAUUAACGUGGAUUGGAAGUAAAACAACCGUUUUGCUGGAGUGCUUUAACACCGCGCUAGACACACACCGAGCCGAAAAGAAAGAAAAAAAAGUACUGUUGCCCAUGAAGCUCAGCGCAUACUUUGCAAUGGCAUCGGAAGUGGAAAAGCCGGAAGAAAAAUGCCCCCCAAACUAGCAGCCAAAGCACGUUUUCUUGCGAUUUGUGCCGGCAAGACAGAUUGUCUGUGUGUGUCACCAUCGCCGCUUUUCUGUUCUGUCACUCUCCUGCAUCCCGCUACUUCAUUGGUGUGUGUGUGUUCACCGACCACCCCUUUCUAAUUUGUGGCAGCAGCUUCCGUUGUGAAUAAUUUUUGGCAGAAAUGAUUUGAAAUGCAUCCGGCGCUGCAAAAUACGGGCACACGCACACACUGCACGCUGCUUGUGCGUGUGUGUGCGCGCGUAGACAGGAAUUUGCAGACUUGGCUGGAAUCGUGCGCGACGAGCACACACGUUUGCAUAUGAUUAUUUUUGCAGUAAAUAAAUUUGCUGAAUUAUUGCACGGUCGGUCGGUCGGUAGUGGUAGUGGCUCGCUCUCCUCUCUCUCUCUCUCUCUCUCUCUGUCUUUCUCUUACGGUUUUUGAUACCUGUGCUGGAGCAAGGCUUUCGUGUCGGUGUGUGCGAGUGGAUAAAAGGUAUCCGGAAGAAUGUGGUAACGUGCGUACGAGGCGCGGGGUGAAUCAUCACGCCACAUAUAGGCGCCCUACAACGUUAUCAUUCACGCACACACCGAGCUACAGGAGCUGCGAGAGAGCGGCGUGUGAAAGAGAAAGCCUAUAAAUCGCGAGAGAGAGAGAGAGAGAGAGAGCGUGGCCAAACGAGCGCACGCUCACAAACACACAGACACGCAAGCGCUGCUGCUGAGCAGAUUUUCAUUCAUCGCCCGAUAAAUUCGCGCCCACUGGUUGUCUCGCUCGUGCGCUCCCUCUCUCUAUACCGGUUUCAGAGAAUUUUCAGUGCAGUGUUGGUGUGUGCGUGUGUGUGCGCGCUGCCCGGCGCGCGCGUAUGUGCCUCUCUCGCACACGUCAAACGCGGGCCCGCUGGUUAAAACCGUGUGUCGGCCGUGCCGAGAGGUUCAUUUUGCGUCGGACAACCGAAACCACCCGUGGUCGAUUUUUCGCACAACGCCGCACCGUGUGUGUGUUUCUUUCCCACCCAACCCUCCACCACCGCUGGGCCACCUGGAGACACCACCCGGAAUAAAAAGUCGGUUUUAAUCCGAGGUGUCCGUCACGGCAACCGGUUGUCCGUAUGAUCGAAAGUGUCGCUAAACGUCUAAUCAUUAGGUAAACAAGUGCUAGGUUACAGCGCUACCGCUUGUAACCUCCCCCCACACACUCAUACGCGUUGGUGCUCGCGAUCGCGCUAGGAUAAUAUUUAUUGACCAGUGUCAGUGUGUGUGGAAGUGUGGAAGUGUGUGCGCGUACUUUUGAAGGCCGCGCAAAUCGCUCCCUGCCGGCAAAACGGGAAGAACCGCGUGUUGUUGCAGUGACUGUGUCGGUGUAAGUGUGUGCGUGUGUGUGUGUGUAUCCUGAACGUCCUGUUUGCAGCGCGGCCUCAAGAUGAAUGUGGAAAUAACGCCCAACUAUUCGUACAUUUUCGACUUCGAGAAUGAGUUCAUCCACCAGGACACGCGCGUCUGGAUGGUGAAGAACUGGACGUACGUGUUCUACUACUGCGGCAUCUACAUGGCGGUCAUCUUUGGCGGCCAGUACUACAUGCAAAACAGGCCAAGAUUCGAGCUGCGAGGGCUGCUAGCAAUAUGGAACACACUACUGGCAAUGUUCAGCAUAAUGGGGGCCUGCCGGACAGCGCCCGAGCUGGUACACGUACUCCGACACUACGGGCUCUUCCACUCCGUUUGCGUUCCUAGCUUUAUUGAACACGACCGUGUCAGUGGUUUCUGGACAUGGUUGUUCGUGCUGUCGAAGCUGCCGGAACUGGGCGACACGGUGUUCAUCGUGCUGCGGAAGCAGCCGCUCAUCUUCCUGCACUGGUACCACCACAUCACCGUGCUGAUGUACUCCUGGUUCUCCUACACCGAGUAUACCGCCUCCGCCCGGUGGUUCAUCGUGAUGAACUACUGCGUCCACUCGGUCAUGUACUCGUACUACGCGCUGCGGGCCCUCAACUUCAAGCCGCCGCGCUCGAUCGCGAUGCUCAUCACGACGCUGCAGCUGACGCAGAUGGUGGUCGGCUGUGCGAUCAACAUCUGGGCGCACGGGUUCCUCCAGACGGCCGGCAAAAACUCGUGCAACAUCUCCGAGAUGAACAUCAAGCUGUCGAUCGCGAUGUACUUCAGCUACUUUGUGCUGUUCGCCCGCUUCUUCUACAAGACCUACCUCUCGACGAACGCGCGCAAGGGCAAGCGCCCGAUCCAGGUGACGGCCUCGUCGACCGCCACCAGCGGCCACCAGUACAUCGACAGCGGCUCGUCGCUCACCGGCAAGUCGGACGUGCAGUCGCUGCUCGCCGGCGGACAGGCCAGCAGCAAGAUAAAGGCACAGUAAAAAGGCCCCAACCACCGGCAAAAAGAGCAGUGACCCCUUGCGGCUAAACUUCUUUCCAAAGGCGAAGCAAGGGAUGAGGAGAAGGGGGGGGGGGGGGGGCGUGAGGGGGGCAGCAGAAGCAGCAGAAGGUGGCAGUAGGUGGCGAUGCCUAGUGGUUGUGGGUGACACAUCGUAGUUCCUUCAUUUCAAUUUCAUUCCUUCUCGAGCUCUGUGCGUUGGAAAAGGAAGGGGGUUUCUAGAGGGUGGAGCAACAAAUUCCAAAUGGCAAUACAGUCGCGACACACUCAGGAGCCUCAGCCCUCCUACCCCCCCCGUACCCGUACACCCGAAAGCAGUUCUUGGGGGAUUAUCCAGCAGCAGCAGCAGCACCACCGAGAACCGUUUGCUCCACUGUUGCUAAUUGUUUAGGCCACCUUCUGGGUUCUACUGUAGGCGCCCCCCGCCAGCUAUAAUGGUGUGUUACAUUUGUCGCUUAGUCGCUUGAACGUCUUGUCAACCAAAACGCUCGAAAGAAGUUACAACUUUUCCCAAAAAAGAACAAAAAACAAACGGCCCCAAUAUAUCCCCCCUACAAGUUGCCACACCUGGAAGACACAAAACCCGAACACGGUGUGUAAGCAAAUAGAGCACAUACCAAUAGCGCAUUACUUUAGCAUUCCUGAUGGUGGGCCCUCUUCUGUACAUGAUCGAGAGAAAGGGAUGGGAAGGGAAGGUGGGGGCAAUCUGUUUAGGGUAGAUGGUUAUGUUUUACACAUAGAAACGCUUAGAACAGAACAGAAUGGCCCUCCUGUUUGGCACGAAAAACACACAAAAUUCGACAAUGGGAAGUUAGUGAGAGACACACGAGAUCACUUCCGUCGGACAGAAAGCGACGAACCCAAGAGAAAGAGAGUAAGAGAGAGAGAGAGAUACACUGACGACAAUUCUAAGGACGAAGAACUAUAACCACAUCAACACACACGGUACUACACGGUGCAUGACUUCAUUUCUACUUACAAAGCAGAAACUGGAAGACAGAGAGAGGAGAGAGCGAACACACUGCGCGGGGGGGGAGGGGGAACGGGCUACGGGGGGAGAGUUACAGAACUUUAGACACAACAAAAAUGAAAAGGGGAAAAAAACAAGAAAAAAAAAAACAAACAAACUAUUGAUUCGGGAUUGACGGGGUUACUUUUUUGUUUUUAGUUGUUUAGUGUACACAUCUAAUGGUAGCUAAAACACUCUUCUGUACGCUAUUUUUUUGUCUUAUGAUUUGUACAUUAUUAAGUAUGAUAAAUAUGUUUGCGUUUUUUUCUUCUUCUUUUGUUCUUCUUCUUCUCUCCUGUCCUUUCGCCGCCUGUUGUAUCGUUUCGGGAAGCUAAUAAUAUAAUUGUACGUAGUUUUCUUGUUUUCUUGGGCGGGUCGAAGAGCAGGACGAAGAACUUAGUUUGUAAAUGCGAAUGCGUGCGGCGGAUGGGAAGGGGAAGGAAGGAAGGACCUCCGGGAAGGAGUGCAGUGCUGUAGAAAGACACAGACAGACACAGGCAGGGCCCAGAUUAGGCGUUCCACAGCUUUAGGAGUUUCGUUUCCUUCUGCUUUGUUACUUUAGCCCGAGCGUCGUCCGCUCUUGGAAGGUAAAUACUGUCUAAAGUUACAUAUUAAGAAUAGCACACAACACACACACACGGGCAUGGCGAAAGAUAGGUUAUAGGGGGAGAGGGGGGGGGGGGGGUUAAGCAAAGCAAAGAACAGAUAAAACGGAAGUGAUUGAACAAAAAAAAAAGUGGAUGAAAAACUCCACAAAACCGAACAAAUAGAAAGGAGGAUAACAAAGGGGAAAAAGUAGAAAUAAAUGAAGGAAUGAUACAAAUGCCCUCGAAAUCGGGAAGAAAUGUUAGGGAAAUUAUAAUUAAAAUGGGCUUUGUGUGUGUGUGUGCUGUGUUGUAGAUGAGGAUAAGGGAGGAAGAGGAAGCGGGUUGUAGUGGUAGGUGGGGGAGAGUGCGUUAGCUAUAAAUUGCUCGCGGGGUAUGUUUAACGUAGUUUAAACAACAAUAUACCACUCCACCGGGUGCUCCUAAACAUGUGGGAGUGUUGGAAGAAGAAGAAGAAGAAGAAGAAGAAAAAAAAAGAAGAAGAAGAAGAAGUAGAAGAAGAAGAAGAAGAAAAAGAAGAGGAGAAGGAGGAGUAGAAGAAGAAAAAGGACGUACGAGGGAAAACAAACGAACAACAGAAACACAUGAAACAUCUGCGCAAAGACUGUUUUCGACUUAUUUAUAAUAGAAAAGAGAGAGAAAGAGAGAAAAAAUAAACCACUGGAAAACGACAAACGGAGCGUAACAUUGCAACAAACAAACAAACAAACAAACAAACAAACUCUGCAUAUACAAAUUCGAGCAGGAAGUAGAGAAGAGCAAACAGUAGCAGUGGGUGGGAAAACUAACACAGCAAACAAAACUUAACAGGAAAAAUACAACAAAACAAUUAAAAAACAA